UAUAUAUAACACAAGGUAGGCACAUUUUAACAAAGAAUAUCUUCUGGUUGACAGAUUAAACUAUUUUCAAAAGCUAUCAACAUGAAAGAUCAUACUCCGGUAUUUAUUAUGUUUUGUUUUGUUGUUUUCAUGAUGCCAUCGAUAAUUUCCGCAACACUGUAUAACAAUUCAGUGGGUAGUAGUGUCAGGAUGCCCCUCGUUUCCAACGAAUUGAAAGCGCCUCUUGUUGCUGACCUAGAUGUGUCUGCUUUAAAUACUCAACUGAAGGAUUACAUUGAUGAUAAUAUUGUUUCUACUUUUACGGACAAAAUGGAAGACAUGGUUAACAAAAAAUUACUCGAACUUAAAAACGGUAUGCUCAACGAAUAUUCUUCGAAGCUGGAAAAAUCACAUACCAGAUGUGACCGAAAACUAGCAGAAAUGCAUUUAGAGUAUGAUAAUAGAUUUUCAGAUUUAUCAGAAAACCAAAGUGAAAAUGUAACAAAGUUCAUGGAAAAUGUUCAAGGAUGGCAAAAUACUCUGAUGCAAUCAAUGAAUGAGUAUUCGUCGAAGCUGGAAGAAUCACAUACCAGAUAUGAACAAAAACUAGCAGAGCUGUAUUCAGAAUAUGACCAUAGAUUUUCAGAUUUAUCAGAAAACCAAAGUGAAAAUGUUACCAAGUUCAUGGAAAAUGUUCAGGCUUGGCAAAAUACUAUGAUACAAUCUAUGAACGAACAGGGUGGAUAUUUGCAGAAGUCAAAGAUUGAAUACGAGAAUCAGGUAUCCGAAAUACUUGGAAAUUAUAGAGAUCAGACAUCCCAUAUAACGAAAGGUGCCAUUAAAAAUUUUACUGAUCUUAAAACGGAUAUGGAAGAGUGGAAAACUGAUAUGGUGGCUGAUCUCAUUAAAGCAGUAACAAUGAACUUAACACAAUUUGAAACGCAUAUAAAUAACGUUAUUCGUGAGUGCUCAGAUAAUUCCAAGCUUGUAGGUGUCUAUCGUAUUUCACCCGACGAUUCACAUGUGUUUAACGUGAGUUGUGAGGCAGGAGGGUGGACGGUCAUUCAAAAGCGUUUCAAUGGAGUCACAGAAUUCUACAGAAACUGGCAAGACUACGAAGAUGGAUUUGGUGACUUAAAUGAGGAAUUUUGGUUAGGAAAUAAGUAUAUAGCCAUGCUGACAUCACAAGGAAAUCAUGAACUGAGGAUUGACCUGGAAGACUGGAAUGGUCUACAGAGAUACGCUCUUUUUGAAAGUUUUAAAGUCGGCGAUCAAUCUACAAAUUACAAACUGACUGUUAGUGGCUAUUCGGGAAAUGCAGGUGAUAGUAUGACGUAUCACAACAAUAUGCCCUUUUCUACUUACGACCGUGAUAACGAUAGAUCUAGUUUGAACUGUGCCGCUCACAAUACAUUGAAAGGUGCAUGGUGGUUUAACGCUUGCUGGAGGUCUAGUUUGAACGGAAAAUAUUCCAAAACCAUGUCAGCAGGAGAUGGUAUGGCGUAUCAUAAUAAUAUGCCUUUCUCCACUUACGAUCGUGAUAACGAUGCAAGACAUGGUUUUAACUGUGCAGCUGCUAAAGACUUGAAAGGUGCGUGGUGGUAUAACGGAUGUUAUAGUUCCAGUUUGAAUGGGAAAUAUACAAAUGAAUAUCAUUCAGGAGGAAUAAAGUACUUGACAUGGGGACUAUCGCAAACUCUCAAAGAGUCUUCUAUGAUGAUCAGAAGGAUUUAG